AUGUGUGGAAUCAUCGCCGUGAUCCACGGUGAUGCCAAGUCGUCGUCGGCGUCUGUCGAGAUCCACGAUGCGCUGUACCUGCUCCAGCACCGUGGGCAGGAUGCGGCUGGCAUCGUGAGCUGCAGCUCUGGCGGCCGCUUUCACCAGUGCAAGGGUAACGGCAUGGCCUCCAAGGUCUUCCAGGACGGGUCUCGCGUGGCGGACCUGCCUGGAUACAUGGGCCUGGGCCACCUUCGCUACCCCACCGCCGGCAGCAGCGCCAACUCGGAAGCUCAGCCCUUCUACGUGAACAGCCCGUACGGCAUCUGCAUGACACACAACGGCAACCUCAUCAACGCUCCUGCUCUGCGCGAGCGUCUCGACCACGAGGCCCACCGACACAUCAACACGGAGAGCGACAGCGAGCUCAUGCUGAACAUCUUCGCCGACGAGCUCAACGAGACGGGCAAGGCCCGCAUCAACGCCAACGACUGCUUUGCUGCGCUGGAGCGCAUGUACAAGCUCUGCGUCGGUGGAUGGGCAUGCACGGCCAUGCUUGCUGGCUUCGGGCUGAUCGGUUUCCGUGACCCCUACGGCAUUCGUCCCAUGGUCCUCGGCUCGAGGCCCUCGGACAGCGGCCAUGGCUUCGACUACAUGAUGGCCUCCGAGAGCGUGGCCCUCGUCCAGUGCGGAUACAAGACGUUCCAGGACAUCCUGCCUGGCCAGGCCGUGAUCCUCGAAAAGGGCAAGGAGCCGGUUUUCAAGCAGGUUGCCAAGCAGGAGUCCUACACGCCCGACAUCUUCGAGUACGUCUACUUUGCUCGUCCAGACUCGGUCAUCGACGGCAUCGACGUGGACGAAAGUCGACGCAACAUGGGCUACACGCUCGCCGACACGAUCAAGAAGCAGCUCGGCCCAAAGGCACUCGACGAAAUCGACGUCGUCAUGCCCAUUCCAGAGACGAGCAUCACGUCCACCGUCUGCGUUGCAGAGGCACUGGGGAAGCCCUACGUAUCCGGCUUUGUUAAGAACAGAUACAUCUUCCGCACGUUCAUCAUGCCGAACCAGAAGCUUCGUCAAAAGGGCGUUCGCGCGAAGCUAAACCCCAUGGUGCAGAAGUUCAAGGGCAAGAACGUGCUGCUGGUCGAUGACUCCAUAGUCCGUGGCACGACCUCGCGCGAGAUCGUCCUGAUGGCUCGUGAAGCUGGUGCUACCAAGGUGUACUUCGCUUCCUGCGCCCCUCCCAUCACCAACGCUCACAUCUACGGUAUCGAUCUUGCAUCGUCAUCUGAGCUCAUCGCGCAUCAGCGAGACGCUGCCGCCAUUGCGGAACACAUUGGUGCGGAUGGUGUCAUCUACCAGACACUUGACGACUUGCAGAGAGCCUGCGCAUCGUUAUCUCCACGCGAUCCCAAGACACAAGCCUUCGAGGUGGGUGUCUUCUGUGGCAAGUACGUCACGCCUGUCGACGACGGCUACUUUGAUCACAUCGACCGCAUCCGCGGUGAGAGGCGCCAGGCCAAGGUGCUGGACAACGCUAGGUCCGCCGUCCUGCAUGGUACAGCCGACCCACAGCAGGUCCGCAUGGCCGCCAAGGGCGUCGAGGUUGACCAACACGGCAACGUCAUUCCCUCUGGCGAAAACGGCCUCAGCCCAGAGUGGCAGCCCGUAAACGCCAACGGCAUCGAGAAGAUCCCUACAGAUGACAUCUCAGGUCUCAACAGCGGGAACGGCCCGGAGAACGUCCCAACCUCGAAUGGGGGCCAGGACAUCAGCCUGCACAACCACAACGAUUACUAG